AUGUCAAAUGAGAAAGUGAUCACCGGCGGCUGUCUCUGUCGCCAAAUUAGCUACGAGGCAAGUGGUGCGCCAUUGAUGAAUGUGUUAUGCUACUGCGAAAACUGUCGCAAGGUCACCGGGUCUAUUUGUAUGGCCAACAGCAUGUACCCCAAGCCACAAUUACGUAUUCUUUCCGGGGAAGAUAUGAUCAAAACGUACGAUGAUGACCAGACUGAUUCUGGAAGUGUUCUGAAUCGUUCUUUUUGCUCAAACUGUGGAUCUUGUCUGUUUACUACAAGAACGGUUAAUGGUGUUACUGGAGAUUUUGUGGUACUGCCAUCUGGAACGUUUGACUUGGGUGUUGGAAAUGAGGAAUGGGUUCCUCAGAGGGAGUUUUAUUGCAAGAACCGGGCUUCUUGGUUGCCGCCUUUGGAGAAUACUGUUCAGUUGAAUACUAUGUAG